UGACCUUUGAGGAUUUUCAAGACCAGCCACAAGGCCUCUACUCCUAGGGCCUGGCCCUCCUCCCAGCCCGGCUCGCUCCAGACUCCAUUUCCCAGAAACCCCAGUGCCUUGGUGGAGACAGCAUUUCCCGGACGCCCCCUCGCGGGGCAGUGCGGCGCGGCUCCGGUUCCCGGCGGCCCUCGCGGCAGGUUCCGGGCGUCAGGACAGUUCGUGAUGGCGGGGGCUGGUUCCGCCGCUGUGUCGGGGGCAGGGACACCGGUGGCGGGGCCCACAGGCCGCGACCUCUUCGCCGAAGGGCUGCUGGAGUUCCUGCGACCCGCUGUGCAGCAGCUCGACUCUCACGUGCACGCCGUCAGAGAGAGCCAGGUAGAGCUCCGGGAACAAAUUGACAACCUAGCCACAGAACUGUGCCGCAUCAAUGAGGAUCAGAAGGUGGCCCUGGAUCUUGACCCGUAUGUUAAGAAGCUACUUAAUGCCCGGCGACGCGUUGUCUUAGUCAACAACAUUCUACAGAAUGCUCAGGAACGACUGAGGCGGCUAAACCACAGUGUUGCCAAGGAAACAGCCCGCAGGAGAGCAAUGCUGGAUUCGGGAAUUUACCCCCCUGGCUCCCCAAGCAAGUAACAGAUGAGCCUAUGGACUCAGUAGCGCAAGUACUGUUCCCAGCUGCCUUGUUUCGACAGACAUGCAAAGAUCCUAGGAGACAGUCCCCUUAGACCUUCAGACUUUAAAAAGGCAGCUGUAUGGUUUGUUUGAAGCACUUUGUCUUACUCAUUUAUGUAGGGGCCCCAGGAAAGCUACACACAGCCAGAAUGAGGUUCCCAAAGGACUUACGUUAAUUAUGGCUCUUGCUUCCUCUCACAAAUGAGCAGAGGCCUCUACUCUUUUUUAACCUGCAUACUUGAGGCUUACCUUCUUCAGGCCUAGUUUUAACCAGAGGGGCUUCUUUUGUUACAUGCCUAGUUACAUGGGUCUGGGCAGCAUGUCCUCUACCUGUGACUUCUCAUUUUCCUGUUUACACUGGGGAUUUGGAGAGGGCAGGCAAAGUCAAAGUGAAUGACCUCUGUACACCCACUUUUUUAUUGCACUGGCUUCAAUACAGUAGCAGUGUUGAUGGAAUCAUUUUAUUCAAUAAAUACUUAAAA